GGGGACGCGGACGGGCCGGUCUUCUCUCUCCGGGCCUUGAACUAUUACAAUAAGGAAUUGCUUCGUAACUGGAUCCAACCUCUGGUCAAAGGCAGGGCAUACCGUGCUGGAGUUGCCUUUAGCAACGGACAGAGACAAUACUUGGCUUUUUAAAUUAAAUCAAUAUAAUUACAUAAACUCCUAUCAUGAAAACCCUCUCAAUGUGGAUGCAAUAGGAAAGAUUGUAAAGAAGUUAGUCAUACAGAAGAAAACUGACUUGCCAGAUUCAAGCAGUACUGAAUUGUCAAGCAGAAAUUCCAACAGCAGAGCUCCCAAGUGACCGGCAUUCAGCAGCAUCCUCCUGAAAGAGCUAGGAAAGGGGCCAGAAAGUACACCAUUUCACUGGAAUAACAGAAGGGGGCCUUCUGAAAGACACUGGUUGAAAAGACUUGAUGCGUGUGCUCUUCUGGAAAAGAGAACCUACAGAAUUAGAGGGUCAACUAAAAUGCUUGGCAAGAAUGAAGAUAAAUGCAAAGAUGGCAUGUCCAAGGAAUUUUAAAAGGUGUAGACCUCCUGAUUGAAGAUUGUUGUGUAUCUUAUUCUGUUUAACUAAUAAAUUGCUGCUGUCCUACAGGUGAAAGUCAUGAUUACGCUAACUGAACUCAGAUAUUUAGCAGAUGCUCAGUCAUCCUACCACAUAUUAAAACCAUGGUGGGAUGUCUUCUGGUAUUACCUCACCAUGAUUAUGCUGCUGGUUGCUGUACUAGCCGGGGCUCUCCAGCUCACUCAAACUAGAGUGUUGUGUUGUCUUCCUUGUAAGCUAGAAUCUGACAGUCGUUGUGCAGUGCCUUGGGAUUUGAUUAAAACCAACCUUAAUGUGUCCUCUAGCUCUGCCACACAAAUAAUUCUCCCUUCGAGAAUCCAGAAUGAUCUUCACCGGCAACAGUAUUCCUACAUUGACGCAGUGUGUUAUGAGAGACAGCUUCAUUGGUUUGCCAAAUUUUUCCCAUACCUAGUGCUUCUGCAUACUUUCAUUUUUGCAGCUUGCAGUAACUUUUGGCUCUACUAUCCUAGCACAAGUUCAAGGCUUGAGCACUUUGUAGCCAUUCUUCACAAGUGUUUUGAUUCUCCCUGGACAACACGAGCCCUCUCAGAAACAGUUGCUGAGCAGUCUGUGAAGAAUCUGCCGCUAUCCAAAUCCAAAAUAUUGCUUUCAUCACCUGGGAGUUCAACGGAUACAGAGGCAAACAGGCAGUCUCUGCCAUAUACACAGCCUGGUUUAGAAACAACUGGAAGAGAGAACUCUUCGAGUGUUCUAGACAAAAAAGAAGGGGAACAAGCUAAAGCUAUAUUUGAAAAAGUAAAAAGAUUCAGAGUACAUGUUGAAGAAAAGGAUGUCAUAUAUAGAGUGUACAUGAAACAGAUUAUAAUCAAAGUAAUUGUAUUUAUAAUAAUAAUGAUCUAUGUCUCCUAUUAUUUAACUUUUAUUACACUUGAAAUUGAUUGUGUAAUUGAUGUUCAAGCCUUUACAGGUUACAAAAGGUACCAGUGUGUUUAUACACUCGCAGAAAUUUUUAAAGUAUUAGCUUCAUUUUAUGUUGUUUUAGUGACCUUCUAUGGCCUGACCUGCACUUACAGUUUGUGGUGGAUGUUGAGAAGUUCACUUAAGCAAUAUUCUUUUGAAAAGUUAAGAGAGAAAAGCAACUACAGUGAUAUCCCUGAUGUAAAGAAUGACUUCGCAUUUAUUCUUCACUUAGCAGAUCAGUAUGAUCCACUUUAUUCACAACGAUUCUCAAUAUUUCUAUCGGAUUUGAGUGAAAACAGACUGAAACAGAUAAAUCUUAACAAUAAAUGGUCAGUGGAAAAACUGAAAAGUAAACUAAUACGAAAUUCCCAGGACAAGAUCGAACUUCAUCUUUUCAUGCUAAAUGGUCUUCCAGACAGUGUCUUUGAACUGACUGAAAUAGAAGUUCUAAGCUUAGAACUGAUUCCUGAAGCCAAGCUUCCUUCAACAGUGACUCAGCUAGUCAAUCUCAAAGAAAUGAAUAUUUAUCAUUCAUCAUUAACUGUGGAUUACCCAGCACUAAACUUUCUAGAAGAAAAUCUGAAAACAUUGCGUCUAAAAUCCAGUGAAAUUGGAAGGAUUCCACUUUGGGUCUUUCAUCUAAAAAACCUCAAGGAAUUGUGUUUAACAGGAUGUUUUUUGCUAGAUUACCACAACUCUAUAUACAAUGAAGGCUUUCAAGAUCUAAAGAAUCUGAGAACAAUUUACUUAAAGAACAGCCUUUCCCGUAUCCCUCAGGUGGUUACAGACCUUUUGCCUUCACUGCAAAACUUAUCUAUCAAUAAUGAGGGAAAUAAACUGGUCGUACUAAACAACCUGAAAAAAUUGGUAAACCUGAGAACCUUGGAGUUGAUCUCCUGUGAUUUAGAGCGCAUUCCACAUUCUAUUUUUACCCUAAACAAUUUGCAUGAAAUAGAUUUAAAAGAGAAUAAUCUCAGAACAGUGGAAGAAAUAAUGAGCUUUCAACAUCUCAAGAACCUAUCUUGCUUAAAAUUGUGGCACAACACCAUUUCAUAUGUCCCUGUGCAGAUUGGUGCGUUAUCAAACCUAGAACAACUGUACUUAAAUUACAAUAACAUUAAAAAUGUUCCACUGCAGCUAUUUCUUUGUAAAAAGCUACACUAUUUGGAUCUUAGCUAUAACAAGCUAACAUCUAUUCCAGAAGAAAUCAGUUAUUUGACAAAUCUGCAGUACUUUGCUGUGACAAAAAACCAUAUUGAGAUACUGCCAGAUGGAUUAUUUCAGUGCAAAAAGCUGCAAUGUUUACUUCUGGGACAUAACAGCCUGACAAGUUUGUCUCCUCGUGUUGGCCAACUGUUGAACCUUGUUCAGCUAGAGCUGAUUGGGAACUACCUUGAAUUGCUUCCUGCUGAGCUAGAGGAAUGUCAGUCUCUGAAACGGAGUUGUCUAAUUGUAGAAGAAAGAUUGUUAAAAACGCUUCCACCUUGUGUGAGAGAGAGCUUGCAGACUUGCUUGGAUAAAUGUUAAAUGAGAUGAGACUGUGUACAUCAACAAAUCCUUUAGGCCUUUGACUUACUGUCUGUGUAAAGAUAGGUGUAGGUGGAAAGAAGGAAAGAGAGGCAACAAGUAGUUUACAAUUCAGGUCUAAAUCUACCCAUAUUGCCCUGAGUCUUAUUUAUAAGAAAAGGAAAAAGAUGCAUUUGUCUUAAAACAAGCAAGCAGAAGCGUAGAUUUAGCAGACAGACAUUUGUGAAUAACCUGAUAGGUAAGUGAUUGGGUUCUACUGGCUGAUGUGCUUUCAGCAGUAAAUGUUUACGGUCAUGAGUGUUGGGAUGGAAGAGUUGGUUGCUUAGCUGUAGAGUAUCUCAUUUUUUCAUGGAAAAUUUUAUUUCUUCUGAAAACAAUAAUUUUAAAUGGCUUAAUCGUAUAUUAUGUUGGGAGCAAAGAUUACCUACGUUUGUUUUUUCAGACACAUACUUAUCACUGACUUGAAGUAGCAUGUGUUAAGUUAGGACUGUCCUAUUUAAAAUAACACAAUUAACUGGUUCAUCGUGCAUUUUGCAAAUCAUUUUACAAUUUUACAGUUUUAAUGUUUUUUUCAUGUGAGAGAAGUGUUGAAUGUUAAACUUCUAACUUUGGAAGAUGCCACUUAAUUCUUUUUAUUAAAAAAGUUGGACAAGUAUUCUACACACCCUUCUACAACCCACUUCAAUAUUUUAUGUCUUUAAAGUAGCAAAAAUUGAGCUAAUUAACUAUCUUGUUUGCCUACUAGGUGGGAUUCAAAUAUAGCUUAUUUAAUUUUAAAAAUCAAUCCAAAGAUUCCUAAGUAUUCAAGUAGCUACUGUUCAUGUAACAAAGGUACUUGCUUUGUUCACAUGUACUUAACUGAGACAACAUAAAUUGAUAAUUCCAUAAUACCUACCUUCAUUGAUCAUAAUGACAAAUGGAACAAAGUGCAGCCAUGAAUUGUUUGAUAAGUUGUGGGGGUCCCAGCUGUUAGUGUGGUGUAUACUCCCACUUGCCACUUAACCUUCCAAUUGUUGACUCCCUCAAUAUUCCCUCCCCCUCACCCCCAUUGUGGUGUUAAUGUACCGGUGAAAAAUUGUCAUCAAAGAUUAAUGGACGGAGAGGGAACGAUACAACUUUAAAAAAAAAAAAAAAAAAAAGGGCGGGGGGUGGGGAAGCCCAUGCAGUUCAGAAGUGCUUGUAAAAACACCAUGAGCUUUUUUUUUCUGCUAAGUGAUAUGUGCCUACAAGGUGUGAGCUGAAGGGAAGCUCUUAUUACCCUUUCCUUUAUUUAAUAUACUCCAAACUGGAAGGAAAUAAAGUGAUUGCAGAUUUUAUAUAUUUUUUUCCUGUACACUUUGUUUCAUUAUUUACUUCUAAGUCUGCUCUUCUGGAAUUUAUCAUCUCAGCUAAGAAUUUUGGAUUUUGCCUGUUCCGGUAUGUAUAUACACACACACAACCUGCUAGCAUGCAUUCAGGGAACAUUUUUCUAAUGUGUUAAAAGUCAAAUGUAAAAUGCAGGCUAAUGUAUGUUUAACUAGAUACAACUACAUCUGACAAAAACACUAGAAAUGUUGACUUUUUAAGAUUCUUGAUGUUGAAUAAUUGUAAUCCCUGGUUUGUCAUUAAAUCAGUAGAGGAUGAGUUAAUCUAGUUUAUCUUUGGUCACUGUGCUCUCAUUCACAAUGGCAUUGUCUUGAAGUUAAGGUUUGCCUUUUAAUUUUUUAAAUACAUCGUAUACUUAAAUUCUGAUCCCCUACAUAUAAAUAGGAAAUGGUCUUUAGCUAUCCAACAGGUUAAUACUUAUUCAUUAUGCAAAUUGCAUUCCAAAGACCUUUCUAACUAAAACAUUCUUCUCAGGGAACCAAACAUAUGGAACUUCAUGAAUUUUUCCACAGCUUUUCAAUCUUUUGGUUUUAGUAGGUGCUGUAUUGAAUGAAAUUUUUUGUAUCAACUGAUCAGUCACAUCUAAAUGCUAAGCAUAGUAUCUUUUUGUAACUUCCAUUUCUAAUUUUUCCAAGUCUUAGUCCAAGAUAUAAUUUUCAUGUCAUGAUAGGUCCAAGGGGACUUGCAUGGUUCACAAACAGAGCUAGUCUUAAAAUAUAACUACGUUAGAGCGGAACAACUUGUGCCACUAUCAAUAGAGUUGAGUUAAUAAUUACAGUAUUAAUGACAUGUCAGGAAAUUUUAAAAUCAUUUUGUGCUGGAAUUUGCACAAGAUUUUAGCCCACAAAGUACUUUAAAAAUAAUAUUACAAAAGUAGAUUUUGUUUUGGGUAAAAGUUCUUUUAGUCUUAAGCUUUAUUUCAUUCCUUUGUUGAAAAGCAGCUUUGAUAUUUAAAAGAGCAUAAGGUUAAACAGAUAACUGUUUGCACCAGACAUUUAGAACAAAAUUUUUACAGCUUUUUAGUUGUGUAAACCUUUUUUCAUGAUUAGCACACUGUCACUGCUUAACUAUGGCUUUGAUCUACUUUAUUUCAUCCAGAGUUUGUCCUUCAGAAGUGAACUACACUAAUAGGAAUAAUGUAGAGGCUGAUCCUGCAUUCUUAAAAUGUGCAUAACUCCAAAAGGAGCUGGGGAAGCUGUCUAAGAACCAUGGGAUUAGACCCAUAAACAUUAAUGUUUCAUGGGUGGAGUCUGUUUUUUAAAAGAAAAACAAAAA